UCACAAAUGUGUGUUUGUGGUGAUUCUGUUGAUUGUGGUUGUAAACCAAGGUUCAAAUAUCGAAGAGUGAUAGAGUGUUUCAAGUUUGGUUACCGAAUUUUAUUUACCAUAAAUGCAAUAUAUAGUCAGUUAAUGCUAAACUAGACCUUGUUUGCCAAAGGUAUAUAAGACCAACCGCAUUUUUUAUCAAGUUUUAUUGUCCACAGUAGACGUACAUGCUAUUUUAUGCACUUUCUUCGAGUGGUUAGCUUGGGAAAUGUUUAUCAUCCACUGUAUAGAAUAGCCAAUGUGUUAAGUGUGUAGAGCAAAUUGUUUAAGUGGUAAAAACGUUAUCUACCAAUUAAUAUACACAUCUCAUAAGCCUAAUCUGCCCUGAUAAAAACGUUUGAAAAUUUUUUAAUAAUCAUCUUACCGGGUUAUAUUUCCAUACGAUAACAUCUACACAAAUCGUCAACGUCUACACAAAAGUCAUUGGCUACCUUCAUUAAUGAACAGACUGUCCAGAAUGUUGGCUCGCAAAUUUGUGCUGGUAAAACCUUUUGAAGGUUUGCCUAAACUUACGGACUUCCAGAUUGUUGAAGAAACUAUUCCGACUGAAUUGCAGGAUGGAGAAAUUUUGGCAAAGGCAGAAUGGUGGACAGUCGAUCCAUAUAUGAGACUUCGAACCGUAGCGAACAUGAAAGUUGGAGAUCAAUUUGUCGGAGGUCAAGUUGCUCGCGUGCUCAAAAGUCGCUGUGACGAAUUUCCCGAAGGAAGCCAGGUGGUCGGAUAUUUCGGUUGGAGAGAUUUGACAAUUUACAAACCGGUUCCCGGUGGACCGAGAAUCUAUUCAAGUAUUCACGCAAUGCCGGACAUGAAAGGCCUUCCAGAUUCUUAUGCUUUAGGUUGCUUGGGAAUGCCCGGAAACACUGCGUACCAUGGUCUGUUGGACAUAUGCCAACCGAAAGCCGGGGAAACUCUGGUUGUGACGGCUGCUGCAGGAGCCGUUGGUAGCCUUGUGGGUCAGAUAGGAAAAGUCAAGGGAUGUAAAGUUAUCGGAUUUGCUGGAGACGACGACAAGGUGAAAUGGUUGACGAACGAGUUGGGCUUCGAUCACGCUUUCAAUUACAAAAAAGUCGGGUUGGACGAGACGUUUAAGACGUACAUCCCUCAGAAAAUCGACUGCUACUUCGAUAAUGUUGGUGGCGAAUUCAUGUAUCACGUCGUCCAAAAUAUGAAUGAGUUUGGACGCAUAAGCCAAUGUGGCUCAAUUUCGGCCUAUAAUACUAUACGAAAGCCGGGAGAGCUACCACUAGUACCGUUCGACUAUCCUCUAUUCCGUUUCAACCAAAUGAGAAUGGAAGGUUUCAACGUUCGUCGUUGGGCUAACAAUUGGUUCCAGGGCAUCAACGAAAUUAGAGAUUGGAUUCUAGAGGGAAAAAUCAAAGUUCGUGAAUCCGUAACCGAAGGGUUUGAGAACAUUCCAAAAGCAUUUAUUGAAUUGUUGGAGGGAAAGAACACUGGCAAGCAGGUCAUUAAAGCAACUCAAUAAUUCCGUGUCUGAUUGAACGAUGUGAAAAUAAAAUAUUUUUGUCAAAGAAA